CUGAUAGAUUUUAUUGUGCAAAGCUAGAGAGAGAGAGAGAGGCUUAAGAAAACUUUGUUAGAAAAUGGAGAAUAGAGUUAUGUGUUUAGUGAUGGGUUGCUUGGUGUUAGGGUUUCUGGUGGCGCAGAGCAGUGCUGUUGACAAUCCAGGAUGCUACGGUAAUUGCGUGGAUAAAUGUAGGAAAACCAAAGGCCUUUUUGGGGUUGCCGCAUGUGGCGUUAUAUGCAUAGCUGAAUGUGCGUUCGACAGUCCUUCUUUACAUAGUGUCCCCAAAAACAGUCACUACUUCUGCAAGGUUGGAUGUGCUUCUUCCUUGUGUGCCAGUUUAUUGGAUCAAGAAAACCCAGAUAUUGAGAAAGUGGGCGGCUGUGUAGAUUCUUGCUCAGACAGAUGCGCCUCGAAUACCUUCUUACCACCAAAUAAGAAUUAGGGUUUAGCUAAUCAUAUUAUGUAAGGCCAAUUUGAAACUAAAAUAAUGAAUUAUGAAUGAUAUAUUAUUUUGGAUUG